UCAAUUCUUGUCGUUGCAAAUUUACUCUGUUUCUUGUUUAAAAUCUGCUAUGGUGUAGACAGCAUAACUCCAUCCCAACCUUUAAGCGAUGGUAACACCAUAGUGUCAGAGAAGGAAAAUUUGUACUGGGUUUCUUCAGUCCUGGAAGUUCCAAGAAUCGUUACUUGGAAAUUUGGUUCAAGAGUAUCCCAGUUCAAACUGUUGUUUGGGUUGCAAACAGAGUUAGCCCAAUCAACGAUUCAUCUGGGAUUUUGAUGAUAAACAGCACUGGAAAUCUUAACCUCAUUCACAAUGAUUCGGUUGUUUGGUCAGCAAGCACUUUGAAAGAAGCUCAGAGUCCAUUGUUACAGCUCUUGGAUACCGGGAAUAUUGUGGUAACAGAUGACAAUUCAGGAGACUAUUUGUGGCAAAGCUUUGACUACCCAACUGAUACAAUUUUAGCAGGAAUGAAACAUGGUUGGGAUUUAAAGAGACGUCUCAACAGGCGCUUAAUUGCAUGGAAGAACUGGGAUGACCCAUCUCGUGGAAACUUUAUUUUUGAGAUGACACUUCAUAACUACCCAGAAGCUUAUUUGUGGCAAGGCUCAACUAUAUACUUCCAUACUGGUCCUUGGAAUGGCUAUGGCUUCAGUGGUUCACCUGGACUAAAGUCAAAUCCAGUGUUUGCCUUCGAAUUUGUGUUCAAUCAAGAUGAGAUCUACUUCAUGUAUACCCUCAAACAGGCACUCCUUCCAAGAGCACUUCCCAACCAAACUAACUCUAUGUUUCAACGCUUCACAUGGACAGAACAAAGUUGGAAGCUUUAUGCAUCUCUGCCUAUGGACCGCUGUGAUACCUAUGCCCUUUGUGGGGUUUAUGCAAGGUGCCUUGUCACUGACUCUCCGGUCUGUCAAUGUUUGAAGGGAUUCAAUGGAUUGGUCCCAAGGAUGUGUACGCGGUAAACCAUUGAGCUGCGAGGACAAAAGUACACAUGGGUUUCUUACAUUUCCUGGAUUGAAACUCCCAGAUACCACACACUCGUGGGUAAACACAAGUAUGAAUCUGAAGGAAUGCAGGGCAGAAUGCUUGAAUAACUGUUCUUGUAUGGCUUAUACAAACUCAGAUAACAAAGAAGGUACUGGCUGCGCUAUCUGGUUUGGUGAUUUAGUAGAUAUUAAACAGUUUCCAGCUGGUGGACAGGAUCUAUACAUUCGAAUGCACCCUCCAGAACUAGGUAUGGAAGAUGGUCAUAAGAAGAAGAUAACAGUGCUAGUUGUGUUCCGUUGUGAUAGCUUCUGGAAUGCUCUUGAGAAUCAGGAAAAACUUAAAAGAGAAAAUGGAGAGAAGUAGAACAACUAGUCAUAGCAGCAGGCGUAGAGAAGAAGAUAUGGAGCUUCCAAUGUUCGACUUGUCCACAAUUUCUAGAGCCACCGAUGACUUCUCACUUAACAACAAACUUGGAGAAGGUGGUUUUGGACCAAUAUACAAGGCUGUAAUAGAUGGACAAGAAAUUGCUGUGAAGACGCUUUCUAGGAGCUUGGGACAAGGACUGAACGAAUUCAAAAAUGAAGUUAUACUGAUUGUAAAACUUCAACAUCGAAAUCUUGUUAAGCUUCUUGGUUGUUGCAUUGAGGGAGAAGAGAAGAGUCUGGACUUUCAUUUUUGGUAUGAAACCCUCUGAAC